CAUUUGUCAUUAUCAUUAACCUAGUUUUAGUUUUUUUUUCUAUAAAAACUAAAAAUUUGUAUUUUUCCCUUUUUGGUUUUGUCAAAAGGAUUAAAAUUUAAUUCAUAGAUAUGAUUUUGAGAAAAGGAUCAUGAAAACAUUCAAAAAUAGAAAUGGUUAUAAUUUACUCAUAUAAAUGUAUUAUAUUCAUAAAUGCAUCUUGUGUAAUUUAGUUUAUAUGUAUUCCCAUCUUAUCUAUUUUUGAAUACAUAUAACUGCAGGGCAGACAGCUUAUUUAAUUAAGUCUAAAAUAUGAAGCCAUGUGUCUAAGGCGUCGAUCUAAAUUGAAGAAGUUAUACAUAGUUUUUGGCUUUGUUUUGUGUUUUAGUGUACUGUCAAUUUUUGGGGUUUUUCAUCAUGCAUUUGAAAUUGAUUUUUAUUCUGGGUUUCAUUACCCCUAUGACGGGGAUAUUGAACCAUUAAUUAACCAAUUAAGACAUAAUGAAACUCCCAGUGUUCCACCAAUUAAUGAAUAUAAUUUUAUUUAUUAUAAGAACUGUGAUAGAAAAUGUAAAGAUAUUACAGACCUACGACUGAUAUACAUUGUUAAAUCAGCUGCAAGUAAUUUCCAACAGAGACUGGCUAUAAGAAGUUCCUGGGGGUUCGAGAGAAGAUUUUCUGAUGUUGGAAUCCGUACUGUGUUUCUUAUUGGCAACAUAAAAGAUGUUCACUUACAAAAAUUUAUUACAGAAGAAUCUCAUAAAUUUAAUGAUAUAGUUCAGGCAAAUUUUACAGAUGUAUAUUUCAAUAAUACUUAUAAGUUAAUGUCUGGUCUGUAUUGGGCUUUUAAAUAUUGUGAAAAAGCUAAAUUCUACAUGUUUGUUGAUGAUGAUUAUUAUGUAUCAACUAAAAAUGUGUUGAGAUUCAUAAAAUUUCCAACCAAAUAUCCAGAGUAUCUGAAAGAACCCUUUGCAAAUAUACAAGCACAUUUAGGCCAAAGAAAAGCAUUAGAUUUGCUAGAUUUUGAGUUAGAUAAUGACGUUAGAUUAUAUGCUGGCUAUGGUUUUCAUUCUGUCCCUUUUAGGCAUUAUUUCAGUAAAUGGUAUGUACCAUUGAGCGAAUAUCCAUACCAUAAAUGGCCUCCUUAUAUAUCGGGUGGAGCAAUCAUUUUAUCUAAUUCGGCUCUGAGAGAUAUGUAUUAUGCCAGUUUUUAUACUAAACAUUUUAGAUUUGAUGACAUUUAUGUUGCAAUUUUAGCUUAUAAAGUUGAUAUUGAACCAUUUCAUUCAGAUGAUUUUCAUUUUUAUAAAAAUCCAUAUUAUAGAGUGAACUAUCAGUAUACAAUUGCUUCACAUGGUUAUAAUGAUCCACAAGAACUUCUUAAAGUGUGGAACGAACAAAAGAUAUUAGGAAAUGCUUGAAUAUUUUAUUUAGUAUGACAUUCUCUCGAAUAUUAACAAAAGUUUUUGUUAU